AUGGUCAAGGACACAGUCAUCUCCCACGCCAUCCACUUCAGCAACAACACCAACGGCGACAGCACCCUCCGUCUCGUCCAGACCGCAGAGGACAAGACCCCCCUUUGGAUGACCCUGUCUGCCCAAUGGCUUUACAAGCAGAUUAGCGACUUGAUCGAGGAGUCCGACGCCGACUCGGAUGUCAGCAUUCGCAAGUUCCAGCACAAGUGGGACCAGUUCUCCAUCAUUGUUCGUUUCGAGGGAAAGGACGAGUCACUCGCUAGCCAGCCCGCCAUUGUCGGUGCCCAUCAGGAUUCUGUCAACCGCCGGAACCCUCUCUGGGGUCGUUCCCCUGGCGCCGAUGGCGAUGGUUCAAGAACCGUCACUACCUUGGAGGUCUUCCGCUCCUUUGUUGGUACUGGAUUCCGGCCCACCCGCCGCGUCGAGUUUCAUUGGUACUCUGCCGAGGAGGCUGGUCUCUUGGGAUCCCAGGAUGUUGCCGAGAACUACGAGAAAAAGGAUAUCGAGGUCAUUGUCAUGAUUCAGGUGAGUCGUUCAAUCCAGGCUUUGGCCAUACUUGUCCAAGUUGUGCUCGUGUACGCAAUUGGAGUUUUCAACUUUGCUAACUUUUACUCUUAA